CGCUCCAGGUCCCAAAGUGGCCACAGAGACUCUGAGACUCGGACUAAAGUGGCAAGAUGAGCGCCCUGUGUCCGCUCCUGUCUGCCCUCUUUCUGGCACUGCUAUACCUGCUCCAGACCACAAAUGGAGUUUCCUAUUUCGGGGACAGCUACUGUCGAAUAGAUGCCGUUCAAGACCUGUCAAGUUUUCAAGUGUCGCUCCAAUUUAAAACAAGCAGACGAAGCGGGCUGCUCCUACUGGCGGCGGGACAUAAAGAUUACCUCUCACUGGAGCUCUUCAAUGGCAGAUUACAGGCUAGGAUUGAUAUGGGAUCCGGAGAAAAUGUUCUCUCCUCCGCCGUGGGUCUCCAGCUCAGCAACCUUCUGGACCAUCAUGUGUCUCUCAUUCUGAAAGACUCCAAACUUACUAUGGCUGUGGACAACUUGUACGAAACCUUCACUGAAUUUGAGAAUAAAGACGAGGACCUAAACAUCGACCAGGGAGUGUUUCUUGGAGGCGUGAAGGACCUGGAAGUGGAGUACCUCAGCACAGCUGUUCCCUCCAUGCGCGGCUGCAUGAGCAACGUUAUGUUUGAGUCUCACGACUUUGAUAUUCUGGCUUCAGCAGCUUCAAUCUGCUAUGACACCAAGGAGAGCUGCAGCAGCGAGUUUGAGGCAGGGGACGGAGACACCACAAGCUUUAUCAGUCCAGAAUCGUUCAUCUCGUUCCCUACCUGGACCAGACCUAGCUCAGGCUCCCGUAGCCUUGAGAUGCUGAUGAAGACGACCAUUGAAGACGCUCUGUUGCUCUUCCACCCAGGUAACCAGGCAGACUUCAUUGCGAUCGGAAUGGCAGGAGGGUUCCUAAAAGGUGUAAUGGAUCUGGGAAGUGGAAUGUAUGUGCUAGACAAUGUGGAAGUGAAAGUGGAUGAUGAUCAGUGGCACAGAGUAAAAGUUCAGAUCAACCCUGAUGAGUUCCAGAUAAAUGUGGACAGUCAACUGGUUUCACUCCCUCUUAAUGAGACAGAAAAGCUGGAUCUAGUUGGGAACCUGUACCUGGGAGGCAUUCAAAGGAAGAUGAAGGAUGUGUUUCAAGGUUAUUUGGCUCGUGUGGAGGAGGAGGUAACAACUGAGUCCUUUAUUGGAUGUUUAGGAGAAAUCAAGGUGAAUCAGAAGGGCAGAAGCCUGCAGGAUGCUUUGAUAACUAAAGACAUUCAUGUGAAAUGUGAAGGAGAAUAUGAUUACUCCACUUACGAUGAGGAUUUGGAGUUAACAACUACACCUCCAGUAAGAAUCACAUACAUAGAUACUGAUGAAAGACACUGUGUCCCUACAAAGGACUGGCCAGAGAUGCUCCGCAAUAUUUCCAGGCUCCUAGACAUCACUCCACUGCUGGUUCCUGAGGGAGGAGAGGCAGUCAUCGACAUUGUAAACCUACACCCAACAUUUAACCUAAAAGCUGCGGGUGUCCGUGAAUCUGAGAUCAUCUUUACUCUGCUAAACAACCCCUGGUAUGGACUGGUUGAUAUGAACUUAAGACAGACAAGAGUAAAGAAGUUUACCCUUCUGGAUGUUGUCAACAAGAAAAUCAAGUAUCUUCAUGACGGCAACGAAAAGUAUGGAGAUCAAAUCCAGCUGGAGGUGACUGUACAUGGAACAAAUGUCCCAGAAUGCUUGAGUGCUGCACGCAAGUAUGUGCUACCGGUGGAGAUCAUCCCCGUCAAUGACAUCCCUCAGCUCAGUAUAGGUGACAUCUCAAUCACAGCUAACGGGCGCACACGUUUGAGCCCAAACCUCAUCAAAAUCUCAGACUCGGACAAUCGUUGUGAUGAACUGAAGGUCACAGUCACGUCGGAACCUACUGCUGCUGGAUAUCUGGAGAAUGCUCAACAGCCAGGAUUUGGUCUUAGGGAGUUCACUUGUAGACAACUUAAAGAAGGAAAUAUCUACUACGUGCACAAGGGAGGAGAAGUGGCAGAACUUACCCUGCAGGUCUCAGAUGGAGAUUUGCUUAGUCAUUCGAGCACCUUCAAGUUUCUUAUCACACAGCCACAGAUGACUCUAGUCACAAAUACUGGCCUUAUAAUCACUCAGGAUGAAAGCGCCCCUAUUGGAAUACAAAAUCUGGCCAUUUCUGCAACUCCUAAAACUGGAGACGUUGUAUAUAAUGUCACUCAGCCACUUCAGUUUGGAGAACUGCAGUUGAUCUCAGACAAUGGGGUACCAAAAAGAGUCACACUAUUUCAUCAGUCUGAUCUGGAGCAGAACCGACUGCAAUAUGUUCCCAAUCUCACAAGUGAUCUCAAGGGCACAGAAACAGAGUUUAUUCACUUCACUGCACAGCUUGGACAGGUCAUUCUCCCAGACAACUUAUUUAUGAUUAAGAUCAUGCCUGCCCUUAUAGGAAUAACUAAAAGUGUUCAUCUGGAAGUUGAAGACGGGCAGCAAAAAGUCAUUAAAUCUGAGGAACUACAAGCCUUUGUGAGGGAAAGCAACUUUGAUUCAAGAUCAGUCCAGUACAUAAUUACGAAAAGCCCAGUCCAGGGAGUCUUGAUGCUGCACGAUAAAGAGUUGUCUGAUGGAGAUACCUUCACCCAACAAGACAUUCUCGAUGGUUUCAUCAGCUACAGCCCUCGUGUCCGCAGAGCGGUGGACUUUGAGGAUCAGUUCCAGUUCAAAGUAUUCGCAGAGGAUCAAUACUCCGAGGUAUAUACCUUUCCAAUCAAAAUCAAGGCUGAUUCUGAUGCUCCUGUCCUAAUCAACGAGAGACUUGUUGUCCUGGAAGGAAAUGAGAACAUCAUAAAUAAAGAAUAUCUCUGGGUUCAAACCUCCACCUCAACAGACUUUGUGUACAGGAUAGUACAAGAUCCCAAACAUGGUCGUCUUAUCAGAGACUCUCCACCAGGUGUGCAAAGGUUUGAUGGUGCAAUUAAAGUCUUCAGCAAUGAGGAUCUCUCUUUAAAUAGGUUAGUCUACAAACAUGAUGGAACAGAAACAAGUCAUGACCAGUUCACCUUCCUGGCAUUCGAUUCAAGAGGUGGCAAUGGUUGGCAAGAUGAGGGUCAUGAGGUACUGAGAGGAGUGUUUAAUAUUGCAAUACAAUCCAGGAAUGACUAUGCACCUCAAAGGGUCAUUCACAAACCUUUUAAUGUUGUCAGAAAUGGGCAGCGUUUAUUGACUACUGAUGACAUUCUGUUCAAAGACGAUGACUCAGAUUUUAAUGACACCCAGCUGGUUUACAUGAGAGUGGGAAUUCUUUCAGGAAAUAUUGUCUCCGCAGUGGACCCAACGCAACCUCUCUACCGCUUUACCCAGGCUGAUCUGAGGGACGGGAAGGUUUUGUUCGUCCACCAUGGGGCAGAUCGUGAGCGAUUCCAACUUCAAGUAUCUGAUGGCUUACAUAAGACAACGACUGUACUUCAGGUGCAAGCUGGUGACCCUUAUCUACGUAUAGCCAACAAUACCAUGGUGGUCAUGGACCAUGGUAGCACCAAGACAUUGAACACCAGUCUGCUAAGUGCAGAGACCAACAUGGACAUCAGAAGCGCAGCUGAGAUCAUUUACGAUGUGACUUCUCCUCCCGGUGAUGGUAGGAUUAUUGUCAGUGGAAUUGAAUCUUCCACUUUUACACAAGAGGACCUGACUAAGGGCGUGGUCUCCUACGAACACAAUGAGCAGAGCCUUAGCUCGAAAGAUUCUUUUGCCUUCACUGUGGAAGCUAAGGGUUGGUCCAUGGAGGGCACUUUCAGGAUCAAGAUAUUCAAGAAAGGGUACCUGUCACAGCCACAGGUUGUGUCGAACCUGGUGAUCCUUGCCUUUGAAGGAGAGCAUUCUGUUAUUGACUCAAGCCACCUGGAGGUGAUGCAAAGAGACAUCCUGCCCAAAGAGAUGGUGUACUCCGUCAAAGACUUUCCACGGCUGGGUCACGUGGUCAAACUCAACAACGACUCGGACAGCACGGCAUCACCCGUGCUGGACUACAUUCAGUCUUUCACACAAGAGGACAUAAACCUGGACAGAAUCUUUUACGUCUCUGCUUCCCUUCAGGGCCAGGACCACUUCACCGUUGAUGUCAGCAAUGGCUUUACCACUGCAGAAGAUCUAGAGGUGCAGGUGGUCAUUGUUCCACGCAUCAUACCCAUCCAGGUGGUCAACCUCACCGUGAGGGAGGGUGGAUCUGUGGCGCUGACCCAAGAGAUUCUGAAUAUCACACACCACUUCUACCGUUCCAAGAACAUCGACUUUAUUAUGGAGGAAGAACCUCAGCAUGGAGAUAUUAAGUAUCUGGAUGAAGAAGAUGGACUUCUCACCUUCACCUGGGAGGAUGUGCAACAGGGGCAGGUGUACUACUUCCACGACAGCAGUGAAACCACAGAGGACAGUUUCACCGUCAUGGCGUCCGCUUUUCACAUCAACCGUCGAAGCGCGUCCUUGACCAUCGGCAUUACCAUCCUCCCUGUGAAUGACGAACCGCCCCGCCUCCAACGCAACACUGGAAUGGAGCUUCUAGCCGGAGAGGAGUCUGAAAUCACAGCCAAGAUGCUGAGCAGCAAUGAUCUCGACACCCCUCCAGAGGAGCUGGUGUAUGCUAUCGAGAUGCCCAGCAAUGGGAUCGUUGCCUUUAAAGUGUCCCCGGAUGACAGCGUGGACAGUUUCACCCAGGCUCAGAUUAAUAAUGGAGAGGUUUUAUUCAUUCAUCAGGGCUCAGAAUCUGGUGGGUUCAGCUUCACCGUAACUGAUGGAGAACACACUUCACCUCUCUACCGCUUCCCUGUCAAGGCGAGACAGCUCACCAUCUCCAUGGAAACGGAGGGAGAACUCAUGGUCUUCCCAGGCACUAGGCAGGUGAUCAGUGGAGAUAUUUUGCGGGCCAUAACAAGUGAAGACGGUGAUGAAAUCACAUACUCACUAGUGAAACCUCCUCGCUUGGGACGAAUAAUCAAACCUAACCAGCGCGGACAGUUUGAGGAGAUCACCAAAUUCACACAGACUGAGUUGGAUGCAGGUGCUGUGUAUUAUGAGCAUCAGAUGCCUUCUCAGCCCUUCUGGGUCCUAAAAGAUUCUGUUGAGCUGUCCCUCAAAUCUCCCCCAGCAACAGAGCUGCAUCACAGCCUGCCAGUCACUGUGUCAUACUACGCAGCCAAUCGAAACGUGUCAUCUCAGCUCUGGAAGAACAAAGGUGUUUCCGUGGUCCAGGGUCAGUCUAAAGUCAUUGACAGCUCUGUUUUGGAUGCCUCCAACCUGCUGGCCAGUUUGCCUGAGCAGAAACGUGCAGGGCAGGACAUUGUUUAUGAAGUGCGUCGAUUCCCCACUCAUGGACGACUCACUCUCGGGGGGUCUGACCUGCCUCGGGAUGCUCCCCAUUUCCUGCAGGAUGACGUGGCACAUGGUGAUCUGGAGUACAAUCACGAUGACUCCGGAGCAUCUUCUGAUACCUUCUCUUUCCGGGUCCAUCUGAACCCCAGCGGUCGCACUCCUCAAGUCCAGCCUGGUGCCGUGGUUCUGGAGGAGAUCUUCCUGAUCUCCAUUAGACGGCGAGACUCAAACCCACCAGAACUUGUAAGCUUGGACUUGCUCCUGGAAGCACUGCAGGGCUCCACAACCACCAUCACCAAAAACUACCUCAACACAGUUGACCAGGACAGCACACCGGACGAGGUCCGAUUUACCAUCUCUAAGAUUCCAGCUAACGGAUAUGUCAUCUACACCGACUCAGGAGACCGGAUCAACCAAUUCAGCCAGGAAGACAUCAACACUGGGCGGGUUGCUUUUGUUAGUGACGGAAGCCUAUCUGACGGUUUCAUGGAGUUUAUAGUGUCUGAUGGGAAACACCAAACGAACCCAUACACGCUGCACAUCGGAAUCCUGGCCAAGUCUUUGAUACUGAACAAAGCUCCAGAGAUUCACGUAAGGCAGGGAGAUGACGAGACGCUAAUCACAGAGGACAUGCUGAGCACCUCCACUGGGGGUCCCGUUGAGGAAGAAGUGCUCUAUAAGAUCACCAAUGUCCCGAAAUACGCAGCCGUAAUGGUAGACAGACAGCCUACGUCGGCAUUCACGCAGAAGCAGAUCAAACAGCGAAGAGUGAGUGUCCGUUUCGUCAAGUCCACCUCACCGAGAGAUAGCGUGGCAUUUGUGGCCCGAAGCAGGGCGGCGAAUGUGUCCUCCGUCCUUAACAUUACCGUGAAACCGCUGGCAAAGGUAGCCCAGAAUCCCCUCCUCCCCAGAGGUGCUACUGUACUCGUAGACAGAAAGCUGUUGGACGCUGCACCUCUGGCCAACAAGACCAGAACAUCUCCAACCUUCAGCAUGAUCCAACAACCCCAAGGAGCUCGGUUUGUCAAGAGAGGUGGGCCAGAUGAUGGCCAACCAGUGAGUUCAUUUACCCAACGAGACCUGGAUGAAGGUCGGGUAGCUCUGGAAAUCUUAAACACAACCGGGGGACAAAACGCUGGAGGUCAAGGUCAAGAUGAAGCACGGUUCCUCCUUAAAGCGCAUGGUGUUCCUCCUGCAGAAUGCGUCUUGCCCUUUAAUGUGGUUCCUUACGACCCAUCUAAAGCUUAUGGCGCUACACUGCUCAAAGUGCCAGCGGUGUCCACUUCCGACAACAAUGAUCCAGGUCAACACGAGCCCAUGUUGAGAGAGGGUGAAGUGGCUUCUGGCAGCACUACGUCAACUCCUGUGGUGUCUAGACGAAAUACAUUGUGGGCUAUCCUUAUUCCCAUCCUCGUCAUCCUCCUACUCAUGCUUCUGGCUGCAGUGCUGGCCUACUACUUGGUUCGUCGCAACAAAACCGGAAAGCACAACGUCCAAACGGUGGCGGCAAAGCCGAAGAAUGGAGAAGUGAGUCAGGAGACUUUUAGGAAAACCGAUCCCGCAAACAACAUCCCCAUGUCAAACAUGGACUCCAAAGGGGCGGAUCCUGAGUUAAUACAGCACUGUCGGACAACAAACCCAGCACUGAAAAAGAACCAGUACUGGGUUUAAGAUGGGGAGGCGACCAGACACUUGUGUUUUCAAGGUCCUGAAUCAUUCCAGUCAGUGUUAUACAGUAUUCUCGCCAUUAUUGAUGCUUACCAAUUAAAGUCCAGCACAUAUUUGAGUUUAGGGUUUUUUAGAUGGCACAGCCAGAUCUGUGUGUGUGUGCUGAUGUUCUAAUAGUCACAUGGUCAUUUCUCAGCUGAGAUGGAAUUAACCAACUUUUAAGGUACUUUUAAGGUACUUUUGGACAAGAACAUAACAUGUUAUGUUUGAACAAUCCUUUGUAUGUAUGUUUAGGCAGUAAAUGGUUUAAAAUGUUAUUUUUCAAUGUUAUUUACAUUUAUGUUUGGUGUUUGUGUUGCUUUUAAACAUCAACCUUUUUCCCAGCUGCCUGUUUUCUUUCGUGACACAUUGCGUGAUUUAAAAUUGUGCUGACGAUUUGUCACCUUUGUGAUCACUUGUUUAAAAGAAUAUUUUGAGUUCAAUACUAGUUAAGCUUUGUUAACAGCAUCUGUUAUAUGAUGUUGAUUACCUGAGAAAAUAACAAAUUGGCAUGCACUUACAGUGGAAGUCUAUACAGCAAAUCACUAGCUAUGUUUCCAUCACCCUGUUUUUAUGCGCAAUUUAAAGUUUCGCUUCAAAAACGAGUGAUGGAAAUGACACAUUUUGAAUAAAAAUCCCAUAAUUCACAAAGCUUUUACACACACUUGAGGUGGUUUCUGACUUGUAUGAAGAGGGUUAAUACGAAUAAUGGGAGAUGGAAAUGCAUUUGUGGAAUUUUGUUCUAUGGGACGGCAUAACCUAACUAACUGGCGGACUGAUCUCGUUGCACAACAUCUGAAAUGUUGUUACGGUUAUUCUAAAAUUCUUAUUCCACCCCCCUGGAACACGAUUUUUACUAGGAGACCCCUCUUGAAAUGCAAUUGGGCUAGUUUUGGGCUACUAGUUUUGGGAAACCUGACAACCCAUGCCGUAAACUCAACUCCACUCCACUCAAAAAGCCCAUCCACCUAGAAAAGUAGUCCCAUUGUAUUAUUUUGUAUUGGUAUUAUUUAGACUAGUUUUUCCCAAACCUAUUCCUGGAGGCACACCAACAGCACACAUUUUUUAUGUCUUGGAUCUAUUUCAGGUUGUGGAGUUUCUACUAAUAAUAUCAUGAGUUGAUCAUGAAUAAACCAGGCGUGUUUGAGUAGGAAGAAUUUGAAAAUGGGAUUGAUUUAGACAACUUUAUAGCUCAAACAACAUUUUGUUUGAGCUUUGUUUGAACACACUUUGCAAUGCAUUACCAUAGACUCCCACUGCAAGUGCUUACUAAGAACGUAUUUUCUGUGGUAACUGACACUGUAACAGUUAUAGAUGUAUUAAGCCGAAAGUAUGCUUUGGUUUUCUGUUUUCAAUGUGCAUGAUGACAUUUCAACCAUUAGCAGGGUCUGCACAAUUUUUGUGCACUAACUGGUGGGUCUACUUGGUGUCAAGUCUCAUAGAUGGGCGGUUGUAAAGAAUGGGCAAACGAAUGUGUAAAAUGAAGGAAAAACUAUGGAUAGUAAAGGUGGAAACAAUGCAAUGGAUUUAGGAGGAAACAGAAGGUACCUGUGUUUGUACAACUUGUAUAGCAAUAUCUUUAGGCGUAUUAGCUACUUAUUUUUAUACACAACUCUCUGCUGUCCUCUACAGGUCAAGCAAAGUAUUACAAAGUGACAGUGUUAUGGUCAAUGGAGUACAAUUUGAAAAGGCUAGUAUGUUUGAAUGUGCAGGAGAUGUAACAGCAGUUGGACAAAUUAAACACACUCUGCUUCCGAUUAUGGUGCUAAUGCCGCUUCGAAAUCUUUUCAUGCCUGCUUAAGAAGAGUAAUUUCACAGCCACGCCACAUACACUGCUCAGUUUUGAUGGUUCAAUAGUGUAAAUAAGAAUUCAUGUUUACUUAUCAUUGUAUCAGCUGUGUGAAAGUACAACAAACAGCCUUACUGAAUGCUUUUAGUUAUUUUUCUAUAAAUCUAUCUUUUCUACUCUGUUGUACUUGUUUUGUCCGUAAAAGCUUUCAUCCACUGCACUGAUUACAGGCACUGAAGAACUGUAAAGUUUUCUCCUCUAGAACUGCAGCCACGGACAGGAAGUGAGUCAGCAGUGGCUGCAUUCACGCUGUGUCCUGAUUGGCUGCAGGGAAGAUAUGAGGUCAUUAUUCCUCAGGCUGCAGCAUCUAUUUUCCAGGGCUGCUUCUGAGCUCAGUUCACAACUUUUGUUUUAGGUUUAUAUAAAUAGAGAAAAAUCUGUAAGUUGUUGCAUGGCUGGGUGAAAGUAUGUCUGAGCAUGUGCAUCUUUACAAAAUUAUGUCUAGGGUUUACAGAAAUCUCUGCCGUCUGAGAAAUAUAUAUCUGCAGUGAUAUUCGGCGAACAAUAUAGUGAUAAAUUUACCCGACCUUACAGGAUGUCGUUAAAAAUCACUAUGACUUUCUUUCUUCCAAACUUUGUCACUGAAAUUUAAUUAACACUGUUGUAUGGAAACACCAGCCUGAACAACUUUUUUUAUGUUCCACGGAUGAUGGAAAGUCAUACGGGUUUGGAGCGACCUGAAGGUGAGUGAAUAGUGUUUUCAUUUUCUCUUCCUUAAAAAAUGUUUACAGAAUGACUGCCCAUUUGUUACUGGUUCUCACUGGAUUGCAGUUAAUCAUUUGGAUUCUCAGUGGGGGAACUGUAUAUUUAGUUGUUUGACUGGUCGUUUGGCUUGUACUAUUUAACAAUAGUGGCGUUCCUUAUAGUCACAGACCAAUUUUUCCUCAUCAUUCCAGCGUUUAAAUACAUAGAGGCAUGAUCGGUUCCCAAGGUACUGCAUAUGGAAUUUAUAUCACUGUUGUUGAUCCGAUUUUCCCUUUUCUUUAUUAAGCUAGUAUUACCUGCAUAUCCUGGGGUUGCGAUAUCCCAUCUGAGACCUCUCAGGACGUUUGUAUCUGUGUUUCUGCAGAGCAGAAUUGAGAUCACAUUAAAACUCAGGACAUCAAUGGUGUUUGUUCUCUGGGUAUUUAUGGGAAAUAUGUCGACCUUAAACCCAAAACCAUGUACAACCCCACAACCCUCUUCUUUUUUGGUGUUUUUGAAUUCUGUUUGCUUGUAAAUAUAUUAUGUCAGAUCACAUAUCCUGUCAUAAGAAUCAAAAUGCACUUUUCUCCAGCUCUUUGAUGAUUUCAUUUGUGGGUGAGACGUGAGAGUUUUCAUUUCCAGUGUUUAUUUAUUUUUAGCAUCUAUAUUCAGUUUAGUUUUUGUUCUUUUAAAACGUUUGUGAACUCAUUAUGUCCCUAUAGAAAAAAGUAAUAUGUCAUGGUCCC